CAACCACCCACUGAGGGUGAGGAGCUUGUGUGCACGCCAACCCAAAAGAUCCUGCUUCUCCUCACGGUUACCACCAUACCGCAACUCCACCCAAAGCCAUAAAAACCAGUGCAGCAACAAUGAGAAUGAGAGCUAAAGCUUCCAGGAUCUGAAUUUUCAGCAUGUUGGCGCCAGCAUCAGCCCAGGUGCCUCACACCAUACGACCUGUUGCAAACUGCUUUGGGCUUCAUCGACGAUCUGUGCUGAAUUUGGACCGAUAUCACAGAUGGCGGGGGACUGGAAAGCAGAUGAUCCUUUCCACUCGUGGUGUGCUCGAAUCCAGCAAUGGUGCACCGUCUGGUGGCCUUGUGAAGAAAAGAAAGAUUGUGGAGCACAUUAUUCUGCUUGGAGCCAAGCCAAACAUCUCAGAUGCUGAAGAGAAAGAUAUGCUGGAUUAUCUGUAUACAUCACAGUACCAGAUGAGAGGGAUACUCACAAUCUCGUUGGGCCGCAUAGAGGAGCCAAAUAGCGAGAACUUUACGCACGCUGUCUUCAUGCGUUUUCAGCAGAAAGAAGACAUUGCCAAGUUCCAGAGCAGUGCCUACUAUUCCAAAAUUCUUGAUGACCACGUAAAACCUGUUUCCUAUAUUUCGAGUCUGAGGUGGAAGAUGACAUUAUUCCCCUCUUUCGUAGGGGAGAGGUAUCUCAAGCUACCUUAUUCUGGAGUAAAUUGGUACCAUUCUUUACUAUGUAAAAUACUACCCAUUGCAUUUAAACAGAAAAUCUGGUCCUUGAGUCAGGAUUUUAACUACGGUGUUGAGUUUAUGUUGCUGAUAUCUUUCUUGGAGACUGCAUCUCGAGAGGCAAUGGAGGAUGCAUCAUCUUCUCUGCAGAGGUUGAUCAGCCAAUGCAGUUCAUUUAUUGUGCAGGCAACCUGUGGCCGCUGUUUGAAUCCGGAAAACGGAUAUAAUCACGCUGCAGUGAUCCGCUUUCCAUCAUAUGAUGACUUCAAGUUGUUCAGGGAGAGCAUGGAGUACAAGGAUAUGUGGGCAUCAAAGUUCCACCCGAUUGUGGAGAAAUCCCUCCAGCUACAUUUCACCGUCGACCCCGUGGGGAACCAGCUGAUGUAAACCAGUCACGCCUCUUCACUCUUCAGAUGAACAACGAUCUUGCUGGGAGUUUCCAUCUCUGCUCAUUUUGGUUGAAAAGGAUGGAAAUGUUUUACUGUCGUCCACUCUGUCCCAAAGCGUCACUGCAAAUUGUGCUCCACAACGACUCCUUGUAGUAUACUCAAUAUAAAUAAGAGAACCAUGCUUCUUAACAGAGAA